AUGUCACAAGGUCUCUCAGGGUCUCAAAUAGUUAGCCCCGCCAUGCCGUAUAUGAAACCACUGAAAACAAAUCCUCAAUCCUCAACACUGAAAGAUGUUAAGUCACAGAAGUGUGGGCUUCGGCACACAGUCUUCUCUGUCAGUGGAAAUGAGUACACGGGGGAGUGGCAGCAUGACAAGAAGCAUGGUAAGGGAACUCAAGUUUGGAAGAAGCCUGGAGCCAUUUAUAACGGUGACUGGAAAUUUGGAAAACGGGAUGGAUACGGUACCUACAGCGUGUUAAUCCCAGAAUCAGAGGAGUACUCAAGGAAGUACAGCGGUGGAUGGAAAAAUGGGAAGAAGCAUGGGUAUGGGACAUACUUCUACAACAACUCUGAAAUCUAUGAAGGUGAGUGGAGUGAGGACCUGCGGAGCGGCUGGGGACGGAUGUACUUUCAGAAUGGAGACAUUUAUGAGGGCGAAUGGUUGAGGGACAAACAUCAUGGACAAGGACUCAUUAGAUUUUCAAACGGAAACUGGUAUGAGGGUACCUGGCGCAAUGGCAAAAAGAGUGGUAAUGGAAGGUUCUACUACUCUGACAAAGGCAUGCUUUAUGAAGGUUUUUGGGUGGACGGAAUAGCAAAAUGUGGGACCCUGUCAGAUCCUGAGAGGGACAAAGCUCCAACGCCAGCUAAGUAUCCAAUUCCAAAGUUACACCUGACGGAUAUGGAGUUGGUUUUAAACGAAGCAAAAUCAUCUUACACAGAUCAGUCUUGA